CAAUAGGGGUAACACCUAAAUCAGCAAUACACACAAAAAAAUACGCUAGCCUAAGACUCCAAUAAAAAAAUCCGCCGCUGACAAAUUGGGCAGACGCUCUCUCUCUUUCGACUGAACAGAACCGGUGACCCCUCCCAUCGCCGGAAGCCCGCCUGACCAUCCCUGCCCUUCUUCUUCAAUCUCCAGUCCUAACGCCUCAGGUUGGAGAUGAGCGGCUGAACCCUCUCAAAAACAACGACCACCUCAGUCGUCCCCUAAAUCAGUCGUCCCCUCAAUCAGUCGCCAACCACACGCAUGCGAACGACCAUCGCAAAACCAUAACAACCGCCACCAUUCGCCAAAAUCCCCAACCUAAGAACCUCCUUUCCAUCGCUGCUCCUUCUGCUUCAGAGUUUCAGAAAAUUGGAGAAAUUGAAAAACUGAAAUUGGAAGUGUUUGAAUGUGAGAAAUCUUUGAUGUGUUUGAAUGUGAGAAAUUGAAAAACUGAAGCGUUUAGGUUAUAGUUAUGUUUUCGGAUUAGAUCCGUUCGUCUUUGGCUUAUUGAUACUGCGAUCAAUCUGUUCCUAUUAGUUUGUGGUGACACGCGCUAAUUUGUAUCCUUGUUCCAUAUUCAAAUUCAUUUUAGUUUCUGCAUUCUAAGAGUCACUUUGUCGAAUGUUUUCGUCUAUUCCCAGGAGGUAGCACAUGAGAUAAUUUGAUUGAAUGAUCAGUAUGGUUUUUUUUAAAAGCACGUGUCAUUUGAUCUUUAAAUUAUGGUUGGGUAAUCCGUCCUAAUCCUAAAAUAGGAAUAGUGUCUUGAAUGUCUUCGAAGUUCGAGCAACGAAUAUUUCACCAUGUUCCAUGUCGAACUAAGUCCGUUUCCUGUUUCUAAAGUUUGAGCAUAUAGUUUGUGAUCUCGCCUAAGUUUCCAUGUGUUCGAAUGAAAGAAAUGGACCAGCUCGCGUGUUGAAUGUUUAAAUUUUCUUGAAAAUAAGUAUCAUGUCUAUUAGUUUAUCACUAAGGUGGAAGUUCUAAUCAAAUUUUGGUCUAUUGUGUGUUCUUUAAAUCGGCUUGGUGCACAUGUUGAGUUCUUAGGAUAAUUGAAUGUAUAUAAGUUCGAAUUUCUCCGUCAAGAUGUGGAUCAAUUUUCUUCGGGGCAAGACCUGUUACAUUUAUGUUUUGGAUUUAUCCUCUGUGAUCUACUCCCCUGCCUGCUCCCUUAAAAUAGUAUAUACUAGUUUGUAGAAGUUGUUUCACUGCUUUCAUUGUUAUUUGGAGAAUGUUGCUUUUUCUCAUCAAGUUUUGCCUCUGAGAGUUAAAGAUAUAUUAGUUAGUUCAAUAUGUGCCUGCUGUUUAUAUGUGACUGAACGUGAGGAUGAAAGAAAAUAAAGCCAAGAGGGUUAUUUGGGAUCAGACGUGAGGAGAAAUCUGAAAAGUAAAAGAGACGAUACUGGGAUUCUCGAAGAAGUAAGGCGGAGAACAUGAAUCAAAGGGCAGGAGGAAGAGGGAGGCCGUCCGGAACCGAUGGCUCUGAUUUCUCCUACCGCAUGGUCGUCGAUUCCAGAUACACGAAAGUUGCAAAGGCAAAGUAUCGUCUUGCCAAAUUGAUCUUCGCUCAGGCAGUCACUCAAUUGAUGAUAGCAGCUAAUGUAUUUAUUUCAUUGUCAAAGAAGGAGUCUCGUGAUAGAGUUUCUGUUUCUUCCCUUGCAAUUGGCUUGGUGUCUAUUCUGGCAGGGGAACUAGGUCGAAAGAGAAGCAGAUCCAAUUUUUUGAAGUUUUAUGUCUUUGGGUCAUCCAUGGCGAUCCUGCUGCCAGUGGCAUAUCUUGCUAUGAGCAAUCUCUCAUUGGAGGCUUUUCAAAAUUUUACAAGUUUGGAGACUCUAAAGAUUGCAGCUGUCCUACUAGGAUUUGUGGUACAAUUUUUUGUUAUUGGUACAACCAUUUCUCUUAUUAAAAAUAUGGCACCUCCUAAGAGGGCUUGUUGAUUAAUAGUGUAACUCUGGUGUUAUUCCAAAUGUCGUUGACUGUCUAAAGAGUGUUCUUAUACGCUUCUGAUUCAACGGAGAUGCUGCUGUAAGUUGCCUUUAUCAAUGCAAUUUUUGCAGGCUUUUCUGAUUUAACAUUAUCUCAUGAGCGUUUGACAUGUUCAACCUUAGCCUGUUAGUGUAUCAGCCUGGUUGUACCUAGGCUUUGUUUUUCUUUUCCUUCUCAGUGAAUCUUAGACCAUUUUUCCUUUUUUGACCAUUUGCUAAUCUAUGUUGCUAGUUACUUUUUUAGGCUAUCAUUUUUUUCUGAGAGUGAAUAUGCAAAGAGAUAUUACGA